CUAGCAAGGAACCCUCGCUCCCGCAGCCGCCCUUAUAACCAGCACUGCGUCGCGCUGCGCCAAACCCUAGCCCUGCCUCUCCUCUCCCGCGCCGCCGCGUCGCCCUCCUCGUUAGGGUCCCGGCGUCCUUCGAGGUAAGGUCAGCAUGGUGAGAGUCAGUGUGCUCAAUGAUGCGCUGAAGUCCAUGUACAAUGCUGAGAAGAGGGGGAAAAGGCAGGUCAUGAUCAGGCCGUCGUCCAAGGUUAUCAUCAAGUUCUUGUUGGUCAUGCAGCGUCAUGGUUACAUCGGCGAGUUUGAGUACGUGGACGACCACCGUGCGGGCAAGAUUGUGGUUGAGUUGAAUGGAAGGCUCAACAAAUGUGGCGUCAUUAGCCCUCGCUUUGAUGUUGGGGUUAAAGAGAUUGAGGGAUGGACCGCCAGGCUGCUACCAUCUCGGCAGUUUGGGUACAUCGUGCUCACAACUUCUGCCGGUAUUAUGGACCACGAGGAGGCAAGGCGGAAGAAUGUUGGAGGGAAGGUUCUCGGUUUCUUCUACUGAUUGGUGGGACGUGGGAAUGUAUGAAAGUACUAGGAUUUUGCAAAGAACUAUUAUGUCUUUUACUGUCUGAAUAGCCUGAGCUGGCUUAUUUAAGAUUCUGAAAUCUACUGUGCACUUGGAUUGUAUGAGCUGGGCCUCUGUUUAAUUUAGAUGGCUGUAUGCAUGUCUUGAGGCU